UCAUCACAAACCAUAACACGAUACACGAAAAAUAUCAAGAUGGUGCAGCAGUCUGUUCUUAUGCUCGGUGCGGGCUUUGUCACGCGUCCUACUCUGGACGUGUUGACCCAGAGCGGCAUUCCCGUCACUGUUGCCUGCCGAACCCUCGAGACCGCCAAGAAGCUCUCCGAGGGCGUCAACCUCGCGACCCCGAUCUCGCUCGACGUUAGCGACGAGAAGGCCCUCGAUGCCGAAGUUGCCAAGCAUGACCUUGUCAUCAGCUUGAUCCCUUACACUUUCCACGCCCUCGUCAUCAAGUCUGCCAUCCGCAACAAGAAGAAUGUUGUCACCACCAGCUACGUCUCUCCUGCCAUGAUGGAGCUCGACGAGGAGGCCAAGGCUGCUGGUAUCACCGUCAUGAACGAGAUUGGCGUUGACCCUGGUGUCGACCACCUGUACGCCGUCAAGACGAUCGAGGAGGUCCACGCCGAGGGUGGAAAGAUUCUGUCUUUCCUCAGCUACUGCGGUGGUCUCCCCGCCCCCGAGGUGUCUGGCAACCCUCUCGGAUACAAGUUCUCUUGGUCUUCCCGCGGUGUCCUCCUCGCCCUGCGAAACGCUGCCCGAUACUACCAGGACGGCAAGAUCGCCGAUGUUGCCUCCAAGGACCUGAUGGGCACCGCCAAACCCUACUUCAUCUACCCCGGCUUCGCCUUCGUCGCCUACCCUAACCGAGACUCUACCCCCUACAAGGAGCGCUACAACAUCCCCGAGGCUGAGACCAUCAUCCGAGGUACUCUCCGAUACCAGGGAUUCCCUCAGUUCAUCCGAGUCCUGGUCCAGAUUGGCUUCCUUGACGAUACCGCUCAGGAGGCUCUCUCUCAGCCCAUUGCCUGGAACGAGGCCACCAAGAUCAUUGUCGGUGCCAAGUCCUCCAGCGCUGCCGACCUUGAGGAGGCCAUCGUCUCCAAGGCCACCUUUGACUCCCCUGAGGAUAAGAAGCGUAUCCUGAGCGGUCUCCGCUGGAUCGGUCUCUUCUCUGACGAGAAGAUCACCCCGCGCGGUAACCCCCUCGACACCCUCUGCGCCACCCUCGAGAAGAAGAUGCAGUUCGAGGAGGGCGAGCGUGAUCUCGUCAUGCUCCAGCACAAGUUCGAGAUUGAGCACAAGGACGGCUCCCGCGAGACCCGCACCUCUACUCUCGUUGAGUACGGUGACCCCAAGGGCUACUCCGCCAUGGCUCGCCUCGUGGGUGUGCCGUGUGCCGUCGCUGUCAAGCAGGUCCUCAACGGCACCCUGUCUGAGAAGGGUAUUUUGGCUCCCAUGAACGGCAAGAUCAACAACCCUAUCCUGAAGGAGCUCAAGGAGGAGUACGGCAUCUUCUGUGUUGAGGAGACUGUCUCCUAA